AUGUCGAAGGCGCAGCAAAACGCCAAUAUACAGGCUGAAAAACAGCUAAUACAACGGAUAAACGAGGCCGGGAUGUCAGAGGGCGGCAAAAGGGCCGGCCUUUUGAGGAAAAUUAUCGAGAUCCUCACACAUCAGCUAUCUCCAAUGAUACCUAUGUACAUGGAGAACGUUUUAAGUUUCAUUAACGAUAAAUUACCUGAGACGCGGAAAAUAAUCAUUGCUUUUAUUGAGGAGUUAAGCACAAAUUUUCCUGAAAACUUACCGAAAGUUAUUAGUAAUCUGCAGCUUCUUGUCACCGACCCUGUAGUAGCCGUACAGAAGCGUGCUAUUCAAGCUGCUAGUGUAAUCUAUAAGAAUGUAUUGACAUGGCUAUGUAGUUCUACUAAUGAACAAGAGGCAAAACUUGUAUGGGAGCAUAUGAAUAAGACAAAGUUGCUGAUUCUUAACAUGAUAGACAGUGAAAAUGAAGGUAUAAGAACACACGCAAUCAAAUUUCUCGAAGAAGUGGUUUUAUUGCAGACCGCUACAAAUAGUUCUUCAACAGACUUCAGUUUAAACAAUAUUUCAAAAUCGUUAACAUUUAUAAAUCAAGAUGCUUUGGAAGAAGAGGCUGAACACAUAUUCCAGUUACUGCUUAAAUUCCACAAUUCACAACACAUAUCUAGUGUAAACUUGAUGGCCUGUAUGACCACUUUAAUAGCACUAGCAAAAUGUAGACCCAAGUAUUUGCCUAGAGUACUGCAAGCAUUAGGGGAUUUACACACUACCCUACCGCCUACGUUAUCUCAAUCGCAAGUAAAUUCAGUGCGUAAACACCUUAGAAUACAACUAAUUAGUUUAGUGAAGCAAACAUCUGUCAAUGACAUGAUCCCCCAAUUGCUACAAUUGCUAACAGAUAUUGGUAUGACGCAGCAAGAGAUAAAUAAAGUGGUGCCCAAAGAAAAGCGACAUAAACGUGUCUUGGCAUUAGCUACUGCAUCAGAAUCCAAGAGUGACUCUCCAGCCAAGCGGCUGCGUUUAGACUCACCUCCGUUAAGCCAAGGUAGCGACAGCAAUAGUAACAGUCGCAUUGAUUUUGAUGAUGACAGCAGUCAAAGCUCCAAAACCAGCCUAGUUAGUGAAGAUACUUUGUUUGAUGGACUCAACAGUAUUGAUAAUGUAAUAAACCUUGUGUUAGCCACGCUAGUAAAUAACCUACCAAAUGAAAUGCCAAACACAUUUCUUAUGAACUAUAAGCCUAUCCCAAAUUCUGGCUCAAAACCGCAAAUACGCCAUUUGGCGAAAAUGAUCCAUGCUGUUAUAAAGGGGGAACCAGAAUUACCGGUAACCCCAGCCCCUGUACCCCUCCCUGUACCAGCGCCCGUCACUAAGAUACCCCUACUCUCCGAGGAUGACGAAAAAAUUACACUAAAAAACGCAGUAGCGAAAUUACAAGAAACGACGAAAGAUCGCCAAGUAGAGAACGCAGUGACGAAGUUAAUGGAAGAAACCAGACAAGAGUUCAUAAAGGAAGGAGAGAGAAAGGCAAAGGAGAAAGAGAAAUUGGUCCCACCACAAACCCCGACUGUGCCGAAGUUAAAACAAAAAGUGAAACUUUUAAAAUUACAAGAGAUUACGCGACCUAUACCGAAAGAAAUCAAGGAAAAAAUUAUGCUUCAAGCGGUCGCAAGGAUCCUACACGCGGAUAAAGAGGCAGCAAUAGGUGGUGCUGCUCAGAUCAGAGCGAAGUUCAUCACGAUAUUCGCGUCCAGCUACACUCCGGAUAUCCGGGAAUUGGUACUGAACUAUAUUUUGGAAGACCCCUUGAACAGGAUAGACCUUGGCCUGGCUUGGUUGUACGAAGAGUACGCUUAUAUGCAGGGUUUCAAUCGCCACCCGGUGACUUUGCAAAAAAUAUCCGAUAAGCACGACGAAAACUACAGCCAGUUGCUCUGCGCUCUUGUGACGCAAGUGUGUGAGAGGGGGGAUCCCUUGAUGGAGAACAGCAAGGAGAUUUUGCUGAGGAGGAUCUACUGUGAGGCUCCAGUAGUCACGUUAGAGGCAGUGGACUACUUGAAGCAUUUGGUGGUAGAGGAGAAGUCGAUCCUGGCGCUGGAGUUGCUCGAAGAGCUGUGCGUAGUUAGACCGCCGCGUGCGCAUAAAUAUGCGCCGGCGCUUGUUUUUCAUGUUUUGAAUGAAAACCAAGACGUCCGCGAUUUCGCUCUUAAGGCCACAGUGAAAAUAUUCAAGUCCGGGUCGGAUGCAGUUAAAAAAGUUGUGGAGAAGCACGCUCUACUCUAUCUAGGCUUUAUAGCACUUGAUAAUCCGCCUUCGGAGUUGAUAAGUUCGCGACUGAAUAUUCGCGUAUGGACAGACGACUUAUAUAAGGUGUGCCUUAACUUGGUCAUGGCGCUUUUCAUGGAAAAUGACGAGUUAAUAAUCGACGUGGCUCGUGUAUACGGCUGCGCUGGCGCUGAAGCAAAGCGCUGCGUUCUUCGAGCUAUCGAAAGUCCACUCCGCGCUGUGGCCGCCUCCGCACCCCCCGGAACUAUUCCAUCGGCGUUCCACAUUCUGCUGCAGGACUGUCCUCGCGGUGCGGAAACGCUGCUCACGAGAUUGGUCCAUAUACUUACUGAUAGAGCACCCCCCUCGCCUGAGUUAGUGUCUCGUGUACGCGAGCUUUACGCCACAAGAGUUUCGGAUGUACGAUUUCUCAUUCCAGUACUCAACGGGCUAUCUAAGCGAGAGAUACUUGCAGCUCUACCUAAGCUAAUCAAACUAAACCCAAAUGUCGUUAAAGAGGUCUUCAACAAAUUGCUCGGCUUACAGAAUCCUAAUAAUGAAAUAUUGCCCGUCAGUCCAGAAGAGUUGCUGGUCGCUCUGCACCUCAUAGAUCCAAACAAAGCUGAUCUUAAGUUCAUCAUUAAGGCAACAGGGUUGUGCUUUGCUGAAAAGCAAGUUUAUACUCAAGAUGUGGUAUCAGCGGUUUUACAGCGUUUGGCUGAGGAGCAAGACACCCCGGUGCUGAUGAUGAGGAGCGUUCUUCAAGCUCUGACUCUUUACCCGAAUCUUGGACCGCUCGCGCUCAACAUUCUACAACUACUUAUAGACCGAGAGGUAUGGAGCAACAAAGUGGCGUGGGAGGGUUGGGUGAAGUGUUGCGAGCGUCUCGGUUCUCAGGCGACUAAGGUUCUAAUUGCGUUGCCUGCGCGUGCACUUCCAUCCGUACCACCGAAUCUUGCGAGACUCAUAGAAACUACGGAGGGUUCAAAUCCGUUUUCACCGCCGCCAGUUUCAAAUCCCAUAGAGCCGUUGCCACCAGGAAUGGAAUGA